GCAUACAUCCAACCUCACCAACAUACACAUCCCUUAACCUCUUGCUAACCAAUUUCAUUCAUGGCUUCCUUCAGGGACAACUCCCUCCCUCUCUUCCUCCUCUUCCUCGCCUUCUCCCUCCAAAUUCAAGCGAGAGAGAGCCAAUUCUUCAGCAAAGUAUCCCCGGCCUCCAUCGCCGAGGAGCCGGCCACCGAGCUCCCCCCUCUUCCCCUCAACCACCACCGCCACCACCACCAAAAACAGCUACAACUUCAACAACAACAACAACAACAACAACGGUCAUGCUUAUAUGGAGCCUAACAAAAUUCCCUCAACAUUCACAAACCCCGAAUUCCCAACCGAAAACUACGAGAAUGAGGAGAAGAGAAAUGUGAAUACUUACAAUACCCCCUUCACGUUUUCGGAUGAGGAGUUCAGAAGAUAUGAAAGCAAGAACGUACCGAGUUAUUCACAGUACGAUAAGCAGCAGCAGCAAUAUGGGAUGAGCGAUACGAGGUUGUUGGAGAAUGGCAAGUAUUUUUACGACGUGAAUGCGGAGAGAUACGGUAAGGGGAAUACGGAAGAAUACGGUGGAGGAUAUGAGCCGACAAAGGGAAAUACGGAAGAAUAUGAUAGAGGAUACGAGCCGACGAAAGAGAAUACGGAGACGACGUAUGCGAAUGAGGAGGGUAGGGAUGGGUAUGAGUACAAGAAGGAAAUGAGCCGAGAUGACUACGAGCCAUGAAAUUUGUGGAGGGGAGAGUGAGAAGGAUUAAGGGGAUGCUAGCAAUUUGUGCGGGUAAUAAACUAGGAAAUUUGUGUAGCUAGGCUAUAAGAUGUGGAGUCGCGCGCGUAGUACGAAAUGUGUUCGUGAUAUGUUUGGGCUUAUAUUCGAAUUGUUGUUGUUCAAUUUACAUGGAUUUAGCAAAGUUAUGUGAAUGAUAUGAGCUCUGAUUCUGUUUUA